CAGGGUGAGGCGCAUCCUCCAACGCCUCAGCCGGGCCAUUUUUGAAGCGUCACCACCUCCUUCGUUCUGUUUUCCUUUCUCAAAUCUCGUCACCAAUUCCGCCGGCUGCAUCGCCAGACCGCGGCUUCCAUCGCCCAAGACCUCUUACCAUUUAUUCACGCUCCUUCUCCGACCUCAUCAUGCGCUACUGACCCGCCCGCGUCAACGCCAACGACGAAUCUCACGAUCGCCUCACCACCCUCGCGCGCCGCGCGCAACAUCUGCUCGCCGACUUCCACCGUCCGCACACACCAUGGCCGCCUCCCCGAGCUCGGUCGCCGCGACCUCGGACAUUGAGCCUCCGAGCUCUCCGGCCGCCAAUGAAGGAAAAUCCUUUGUCUCUCGCGCCGCAUCCGAUGACGAGGACACGCGCAUGGCCGAUACGCCCGAGGUCGGCGAGCGGCCCGCUCGAGGCAGGGGCAAAGGGUCCCAACACAAGGACGGCGCCCAGCAGCACAUUGGCAAGAUCAGGCAUCUCAAAAAGGAGGACGGCGAGCCCCUCUGGCGCGAGGACAUCCAAUACGACUUUCUCAAGGCCGUCUUCGACAACGAGCAAAAGGUCUUUACCAACUCGUACAACCCCGACGGCCUCGGCAAGCAGAAUUUUGCCGACCUUUACAUCGACACCAUGUCUCGAAGCAGCAAGACGAGCAAGGUGCUUCGCGACAAGCUGCUCAGUGAUCGCGAGGCUGCCAAAGGAAUGGCCAUGGUGUGCCUGCUGGUCAACGUCGGCAGGAUGAACACAACGCUCAACUUCUUUCCCGAAAUGCGAGCUCAACUGCGCACGUACCACGCCAUUCCCUCUCUACAGGCGCAUCAAGACCCUCACGCCUACAAGCAGCUGCAGGACGCGCCCAGACUGAAAUCGAUCCUGAAGGGCGGAGCGGAGGACAGGGAGGAGCCCAACUCUCUGGACAAGAUCAAGCGGAUCGACGACCCGCCCCGAACAAAUCCAGUGAACCUCAUUUUUGUCAUGUGCGGUGGGGCACAAAAGGUCGCCGAGUUGCACUUCCCCGACGAGCACGAGUUUCAUGACCUCAUUAUGAAGACCAAGUACUCCAGCGCAUCCCGUGCCCGGGCUUUCCUCUGGCUCAUGUGGUUCUACCUCGAAUCGGAUUUCACCGAGGAGGGCUGCGAAGAGAACCCGUUCGGCCCUGGCGUCGACUACGGCCUUGACGUCGCGAACCAGGGCGUUCCGGAGCUGGAGCUGAUGACAGACGAGCAAAAGGCCAAGGAGAACGUGGACACGCAAGAGGAAAUCGAGUUUGGCCGGGAGAAGCAAAAGACGCGUGCUAAGAUCCUGGAGGCCGACCAGGCUUACCUCAACGAGCGGGAAACGAAGCGCGGCAAGAUGCGGGCACAUCUCAACGACGAUGGGCCGGCCAUCCUGCCUCGCAUCAGGCCCUCCAAGCACGAAUCAGACAUGGAUAGCACCAGAUCUACGCCGCCUCCCCGCGCCCUUGGCAGAGGUGGAGGUCCAGGUCGACGAGGACUCCCACUCAAGUAUCAGAUAUUCGAGGGGUCCUCACCUGCCCGUCACGGCUCCGAGGGCGUUGUAGCUAGGAAGCCGCGCCCGCCCACGGCUCAUCAGCUGGCCGUGGAGAGAAAUCGCAACGAGCGAGUCGAGUACAUCUUGGAUCGCGGCCUGCGCAAGAAACACCACAAGAGCCGCAAGGUCCGCAAGCAGGACGGCGCAAUCUUUCGAGCGUACAGGAGGCUCCAGGCUCAGGACGAUGUCUUUGAGGAUAGCGACGCCGACGAUGAUGGCCCGCAUAAUCUUCCCUUGCGUGGUGAAAAAGGGGCAACCGCCUUCCGGGAGACGGGGAUAGGCGGACUGUGCCUCCUAAACACGGAAGACGAUGACUAUGGCGAGGAAGUCAGCUCCUACGCCGCUGCGCUUCGCCGGUCGAUGCGGCGCAUGAGUCGUUGGAGGGGCCACGAGAAGGAGCUCGGUGUCGUAGCUCCGGUCAAGAAGCGCAAGCCCAAUGGCGAGGUCGCAAACGGCGAGGCCAAGAGCAAGGGAGCCACUCCACUGGCAGCGGGCAACGGCGAAACUAACGGAGACGUUGCGAUGGAGGACGUGGACGAGGUGGAUCAGACGGCACUGCUGGACGACGACGACCCCGAUAAGACGGAGAUUAUGGGAGAUUCGGACAUGGAAUGACCGAGGUAACCCUGGACGUGUACAAGAUCAGUUCGCUAGUGUACGAGUACAAAGGACCAAGGACUCGGAGACGAGGGUGGGGCAGAGUUUUUGGGCGGACCAAGCUGCGAAGGGUUCAACUGCGAUGCAAAGAGCGCCAUGGAUGGAUGUGCCUCCGUGCGAAUGGGUGAUGGAAGGGUCUUCGAGAUUUAAAACUGGACGCUAGCCUAGAGGAGUCGGGCGUUAACUGAUGCGAUGCCCUGUUACAGUAUUACUUGGCGAGGUCAAUGAGACAUUGUUUCCCUCUGA